GGGCGGGGCGGCGGGGGAUGCGCCUCUGCUCUCCAGCCAGUGUCGCCUGCCCUCCUUCCGCACAGCCCGCGUUUCCGCUUCCCUCCGGGCUUGGGGAGAGGGGAGCCAGGCAGAGCCCGGGCCCUGCAGCCGCCGCUGCCACCGCCAUGUGGCCCCCGGACCCCGACCCCGACCCCGACCCAGACCCCGAGCCCGCAGGCGGCUCCCGAUCCGGCCCAGUAGUCCCGGGGCUCCGCGCCCUGCUGCCGGCGCGUGCCUUCCUCUGCUCGCUCAAAGGCCGCCUCCUGCUGGCCGAGUCGGGUCUCUCGUUCAUCACUUUCAUCUGCUACGUGGCGUCCUCAGCAUCUGCCUUCCUCACAGCACCUCUGCUGGAGUUCCUGCUGGCCUUGUACUUCCUCUUUGCUGAUGCCAUGCAGCUGAAUGACAAGUGGCAGGGCUUGUGCUGGCCCAUGAUGGACUUCCUGCGCUGUGUCACCGCAGCCCUCAUCUAUUUUGCCAUCUCCAUCACGGCCGUCGCCAAGUACUCAGAUGGGGCUUCCAAAGCCGCUGGGGUGUUUGGCUUCUUUGCCACCAUCGUGUUUGCAAUUGACUUCUACCUGAUCUUUAACGAAGUGGCCAAAUUCCUCAAACAAGGGGACUCUGCAGAUGAGACCACAGCGCACAAGACAGAAGAAGAGAAUUCUGACUCGGACUCCGACUGACAGCCUGGUGGUGCCCUGGCAACCUGAGCCACACAGGCCUCCACCCAUGCACCACACAGGGAACGCUGACAUUGGAGGGGAGGCCCGGACUUCUGAGUUGCAGAGCGGGUUGCAGACACGGCAGGCCCCCAGAGCCUCAGGUCCUGCUUCAGCCCAGCCUACCAGCCUUGCCCCUCAGCUCAGCACUGUUGACCAUGCUGUGCAUGGGGGCAUCUUGGGUAUCCCACCCCUUCUCCCCAUUUCUGUCCCACAGGCCUUCAGCCCUUCAACCUUUCUGACAAAAACCAGCACAAGGAGUCAAAGCAGAGCCUUGUCUCCACCUGGGCAGCAGGCAGUCCACACUGCUAGUUGGCAGGGGUCAGGGGAGGUCUUCUGUGUUUCACUAACAGGAACAAAGACAGAAACUUGACAGGGCUGCCACACCAGGCCCAGUGGGUUUGUCUGCAUUUAGUGCUUCUGCCCACGCCAGGCACUUUGGUGACAAUGGCCCAAGAAUCUUUGGUUCAAGGAACACCAGUUCCUCUUCAUUCCUGAAGCAGGGAGAAACUGACCUUCGCUUUAUCGCCUAGGAGAGUGUGGGGCUCGGCACCCAGAACUGACACCAACCACCCUUGGAAACCAUGUCUUCUGGGAGUGAGAUGACCAUUCUGGGUCUAACACUGUUUAAAGAAGAGCUCAUAGACUGACUGAUCCCAAAGACAGAGGGUACCAAACAGUGAUGUCACGGUGGCAGUGUCACAGGGAGCUGGGCGGGCCCAGCCAAACCCUCCUUCUUCCUAGAGCCCAGACAGCAGGCAAGAGUUCCUGGGACCCUCAGGACGGUGAACUUCCAGACCCCAGAGCAGGUCUAUGGUCCACGCCGGGAGAUGAUACCAGCCUUCUGUGUUCACCUAAGGACUUAUACUGUGUAUCUGUCUUUGAUGGACUUUUAUAACUUUUUAUAUUUUUUUUAAUACAAAAGCAGCUUCUUAACAGAUGGCAUUUUCUGUGACUCUAGGCCUUUUGAAGGAGCCAGAGUUUGGAGCAUUUAUGGCCUUAUUCUCUUGCAUGUGAAUCUCUUACUCUGAAAAAAAGCCAUAAUGAAUGAAACCAGACUGACCACUUGCUUGGAGUGUGUGUUUGAAAAACCAGAGCAAUACUGUCUGGUAUCAUGUCAGGUUCGAUACCAACUGGCAACACCGGUGUGGAUCCUGACAGCCUUCAGUCUUAGCAACAAUACAUAUGAAAUCUGA